GUAGAAGAAGCGGUUCUUUCUAAAAUCUAGGUCGGAAUGAAUGGAGGAGGAAAACAAUGACCAGUCAUAUGAUUCAGAUGAAUCAGACGAUUACAAUUAUAUGGAGCCGGAAUAUGAUGUGGAGGGUGACAGGUUUUGUUCCGACAGACUUCAUCCUGAGUCUUUUCUGUACAAAGCCUUUGAAAGGAAUGAAGUUGAAAUUUUCCUGAACAGCACAGUUGAUACCCUGUGUAACUUAAUCAACGUGCCACCAGCCAUAGCUCGUUUGCUGUUACAUAAUAAUAGAUGGGACGUGGAGGCAAUCAAGAAAAAGUUCUUGACCCAUCCUUUACUCACGUUAAUUAGUCACAAUAUACUCCCAAGUCUUAAUAUACAAUCCAGCUCCAGUGAUAGUCAAGCAGUAAUGGCUACUAUUCACGCGAUUCAAAAUUUCAAUUUUCAAGUAGUCUCAUACAUACUUCCUCCGAAAAUCACUCCAGACUCCUGUUGUGAAAUAUGUUAUACAGUUCCAUCAAAUAAGACGGACAAUCCAGUUAAUAUAUUCAAUGAAUCAGAUUUACAACUGCUUCAUAGUCCAACUCCUUUGAAACAAGGGAAUUCAAAAAAUUGCACUUCGUCUUUCCCCUCCGGCGUAACUCAUUUCUCCUCUUCCCAUUCUUCUUCUUCCUCUUCUUCCACAACGACAGCAACAACAACAACAACAACUACUACUAAUAAUAAUAAUAUCUACAACACUGUCUUAGAUGUUUGGUCAGAUAACCCUCAUGAUAAAAGUUGUGACUUCCUGACCAGUAAUAAAAUGAAUGGUCUCUACGGUCUCUCUUGUGGACAUAGAUUUUGUCCAGAUUGCUGGCGUUCAUAUUUAACAAUUAAAAUAGAAGAAGGUUCUAGUAUUGAAAUUAAAUGUAUGUCGGUUGGAUGUAAUGUUUUAGUGAUCGAAGAUUUCCUUUUAACACUGUUGAAAAAUCCGACUGUAAAAGACAAAUAUUUGAAUCUACUGUUUCAACGUAUGGUUGAGAGUCAUCCGUCAUUACGUUUUUGUGUCGGUUUGAGUUGUCCUGUUUUGAUUUGUGCGCUUGAAGAACCAAAAGCACGGCGUGUUCAGUGCGAGCGGUGCCAUGCAGAGUUCUGUUUUAUGUGCUCGGAAGCGUAUCAUGCUCCAACUAGUUGUGCAACUCUAAAGCACUGGCUUGUUAAGUGUCGAGAUGAUUCAGGAACAGCAAAUUAUAUGACAGCUCAUACAAAAGAUUGUCCAUCAUGUCAUGUGUGUAUCGAGAAAAAUGAAGGUUGCAAUCAUAUGAAAUGCUCAAUUUGUCACUACGAAUUCUGCUGGGUGUGUUUAGGCGUUUGGAAAUCACACGAUGCAGAAUACUACUUUUGCAGCAAAUAUCAAGAGAAUCCAGAUUCUGCAAAAGAAUCCGUACGAACGCGUGCACGUGAAUCUCUGGAACGCUAUAUGUUUUAUUAUGAACGACCCUGGAUUAUCUGACUCUAAUUGGAUUGUUUCUGAUUGCUAUCGAAAUACACAUGUCAUCGUCAUCAACUCAAAUCGCGUUGGUGAUUAACGGAAUCAGAUAAGUCAAAUACGAGAAUGAGGUUUGAAUACGUAUAUUUCGUACAAUCGUUGAUCGGAAAGUGAAGCAAAGCGAAAUGACGCGCGAUGAAUGCGAGUGACCCAACUUCAUUUAAUCCAGCGUUAAUCGAUAUAGUCAGACAAAAAUAAGUUACAAACAUGUGGUGAGUAAGAUAUGAAGUGCACACACGCUUACAUAAAAAGUAGUCAAGGUUGAUAAACGAAUAAGUGAUAGGGUAAAAAUGUGGCUUACGAAGAAUGAAUAGAUUGAUCUGUCCAGAGGGUAGAAUAAUCUGUGUGAGCUUGACACAGUAUCAUCCCCUACAUACUAACAUUAUUUGCAUGAAAGUGGUAUAAGUAGUAGUGAUAAUAAUAAAAACAGUGGAAAUGUUGUUUUUCAAAUUCUAACAGACCAAAGCUUUAAGAAAAUGUCAUAAAAAUCUUACUCCGUUUAUAUCCGCUGUUGUGUGUAAACAGUUUGAAAUAUUUCUGAAUUCCUGGUACAUCUCAGUUAAUUCAGUUUGAGAAAUCGCCAUAGUCAUUCUCUUGAUAAUAAUCAAUUUCACGAUAACUAGUUCUUGUUGUUGACUUUAUUUAAUCUAUGAUGUUCCAAUCAUGGCCAUUUAAACUAAAGGAGGGGAGGUUAACUAAUUAGUUGGCUUUCUGCAACUUGUUUAACACUUUGGUGAAAUGUCAUUAUACAAUAUUUUAGAAAAUAGUUUCUAACCUGAUUAUCACAUGUUUCAAAGUUUAGUCCAACUAGUUCACCUUAGUCACUCUGUUGUAAGGUAUGUUCUUGAUUUUUCAUGGUUAGAGACUUCGGUUGACAUGGCUCAGAAUCGUUCUCAAUGGCCCAGAUGCCCUCAAUCUUUGUCUUCUCUUAGAUCAUAAGUUUAUAGAUUUCUCACAUACUUUUUAAAUCUCAUUAAUUCAUAUUUUUCUGAAUUGUAUCUUUGACGCCUAAUCUUUUCAAUCAUUACUCAUACUGUUACUACCUCUACCAUUCUGGUAUUUGGCGUGAAAAUUUCUUCUCUCUGUGCUAAUCUGGUAUGGGAACUUUAACCGACGUACACAUGUGGCAGGUUCUACGUUGUUUUUGACUAACUUUCUUGGUUUUUACUGAUAUUUGAUAAUUAUGAGUAAUGACAAAAAGAAUAAAAUCGAGGUCUAAAGUCAGCUGAAAAAUCACUGUAACCUAGGAGAUAUCAGGCAGAUGGACUCUCCAACAAGGUUCUCUCACGAACCCGCUCUCAUUUGUCAAAUGGAUAGUUGUUAGGAGUGUGUUAAGCCUAAUCGAAGCGUAUAUACGUACGAAGUAGUAAUAUGCUGCUUCUCAUGUCAGGUUCAGCUAAUUAUCAUUGUUCCUGUCAUAUAUUAUUUCGUGAUUUUAAUCUUAUUUAGCAGGAAGCAAGAAACCAGUAGCUCUUAGAUUUUGUGCUAAUUAGCAUUCUGUAGCAUGUAUAUCUAGAAUUUUAAACAACUGAUAUUUCUCGUAAGAUUCUUUUUCAUUAAAUAACUUCCUAUCUGCCACUCAUAAGUUAUAAUGUAGUCGUUUUGAAAGUAAUCGUAAAUCGUUGAUCAUACUCGACUGCUUUUUUUUCUGAAAUCAGAUUAACUAUAUUAGUAAAUUAGUUGUCUGAUAAAAACGAUUUCAGCUAAACUAAUUACUAACCAGUAGUAAAUAUUUUAAAACUGACCUUUCCAAUUUAGUUUACUUAUCGAUCUAAAUUUUACUUAUUGUCGUGAUCAUUUCCGGAAAUGUAAUAACAUUCAUUUUAAAUCAAAUGUAUUCAUAAAUCUCCAUUUCGAUUCACUGGACACCAAUGCCUUCAUUAAUUUGUUUUUGACAAUUCCGAUUUUAUUUCUCAACUGUUUAUUCUAUAUGAUAGUGGGAAAAUCAUGAACGUAGUCUACGAUUAGAACAUGAUCAACGAGCACGUAUUCAAACGCGUAUUAAUGAAAAAGUUUUGAAAAAAGAAGGUACAUGGAUUGAUUGGCAAUAUUUGUUACUUGCUGCAGAUACAUUAAGAAAUUGUCGAUAUACUUUAAAGUAUACUUAUCCUCAUGCAUUUUAUGGUGAAAAAUUGGAACGUAAAGAGUUAUUUGAAUAUCAGCAAGCUUUAUUAGAAGCGGAAGUAGAAGAUUUAUCAUGGAAAAUAGAACAUGCUGAAAUAACAGAUCGAGCAGAUUUACAAAAUAAAAUGGAUAUUUGUGAGAAGCAUCGUUUAACUUUGUUACAAGAAUUUCUAACUAAUUAAAUCAUGUUCUCAUUUCUUUUGUUUUUUUCUCUAACUCAGAAAAAUUAUUUAUUUAUUACUUUUUGUGUUAGUGAUCUAUAAGAUUUCAUUUACCUUCAUCUCUUUUUUCUUCUGUUAUUUACUUAUCGACUUACCUAGACAAAACAAUGACACACAAUAGCGGUGUUAACGACUACAGAGCAUCGUUUUUUUGUUUAAAAUUUUAGUCUUAUCCUUUUAAUUACACCCAGUCACUCUUCUGUUAAUGUUUCUAGAACAAUAUUCAUUAGUCUUCAUGACAGUGUCCUUUCUCUACUUAUCUUCACUGUUGAGUGCAAAUAGACUCAUUGAAACACAUUGAAUCUUGGCUUCUGAUUUCAUUGUGUGUGCUAUUUGCCAAUUUUGUCUAUGUCUUUGUCUUUUAUUAUAAAUGAUAAUUUAUCCUUUACCAGCUUUGCUGACUGUGUCAUUCUAAUCAUUAACUUUGAUUAUUCUUUUAAGAUCUACUUAUUGUAAAUCUUGCUCUUUGAUAUCCGUGCAUCACAUUCUUUCGUAUAAAUAUUUGGGUAAUCGU